AUGGUAACCAAAGAAUGUAAACAAGCGAUCGACAAGGCGAAGGCUUACAGUUCUUUCUUGAAAUUGAAUGAGAAUAGAGAGUACAUGGCCAGCAUGGAAUGGUACAGGAAGGAGUCCAAAGAGAUGGGAAUUGGAUACUAUGACAGGUACAGAAACAAGCUUUACUUAAGUGACAUUAUGGCCACAGAUUACAAGAAGAAGCUCUCGAACUACUGGGAGGACACGGUUGCAGAAGUUGAGAGCAAUCCCCAGAAAGAAGGAGCCGCAAUGCGUACUCGUUUCCUAUUUGGUGGAACGAAUUACAGAAGGAUGAUCGAACCGCUUCACAUUGCCGAGUACUACAAGGAAGGUGGAAAAGAUUACAUAAAGGAAAGGCCUCGACAUUUCAUUCUGUUGGAGCAAUGGUUCAAUGAAGACGAGGAAAAGAAGAAGGCAGAGAGAGAGAAGAAAGAAAGGGAGAACCCCCAACUGCGCAGCGAUACCAAGUCGAACUCAAAAGCGAAGAAUGUGGCUUCUAGUCUCAAUGAUGAUUCUUGUUUUUGCGUGCACGUUGAGGAAGCGCUUAUCUUGUACAAUGAACAAGCGAGUAAUCCAGAUGCCAAGCAAAAGUUGAUUGACUUUGAGCAUUACGUGCUGAAUAAUCUCGAGAAGUUUGCAGUGACGCUUGAUAUUUUCUUGGCCCAAAGCAGCUACAUGCAGUGGUGGAACAAGUACGAAAAAAGGGUGGGAAAUGACUAUUCCUCACCACUGGCCAAGGUCAUGAAGCGUCGCACUUAUACCAAGUAUGCAGAGGGGGUCUCGGUUCUUGCUGAUAUAUAA